GCCUGUUCGGCGGCACACACACAGACACACACAAAAAAAAACUAACCGCAUGCAACUUAAUUUAUUUGGGGAGCAACUACCAAGCUUAUCCUGCAUCAGCCAACAUGGCCACAGCAAGUCCCAAACUCCACUUCCAGUUUAUCAAUUACAGCAACUGUGUGCUACAGAAGAUGAACAGCUUACGAGAGCAGAGGCAGUUCUGCGAUGUGACGAUACGCAUCGAGCAGGCUUCGUUCCAGGGUCACAAAGUGGUGCUGGCAGCCAGUUCAUCCUUCCUGAGGGACCAGUUUCUGCUGAAGGACUCCGAGGAGGCCGUUCUAUCAAUCAAUCAAAGCCCAGAGGUGGCCACACAGCUCCUGCAAUCCUGCUACACCGGCGUCCUGGAAUUCCCUGUUCAAGAACUGAUCAGCUACCUCACAGUUGCCAGCUACCUUCAGAUGGGACACGUGGUGGAAAAGUGCCAGCAGACAGCCAUGCAAUACAUGGAACCCAACUUCUCAGCUGGUGCUUUGAGGAGCACCAAAGAAACCAACCAAGAGGAGAAUAUUAGAGAAACAGAACCCAGCCCUAAGAAAAGUAAAAAACACAAGCUUGGCCCAGAAAAGAAGAGCGUGCCAGUAAAAACAGAAGAGGAGGCAGCAUCUGAGGUUGAAGGUUUUCCAGAUGUUCAACCGGGCUCAUCAAAACCACUGCAGACCAGCAGCAGACUACAGGGGCCUGCAGGUUUCUCUGAGGUAGUCAACACUGAGGACUUCAUGUUUGCUGCCAAUGAGUUUCACUUCCAAGGCCUCAACUUGUCCACAGACUUUUCAAGCGAGGUCAGGAGGAACCAGGAUGGACCUGAACAAGAGGUUCUGCAAGGGCCCUACCUUUGCCCGAACUGCUCCCUAACCUUCCAGUUUCUAGAGAACUAUGUCAGCCACAUGAGAGAGCACAAGUUGUUCCUUUGCUUGCGAUGCGGGAAGACCUUCACCCAGAAGGGAAACCUGACUCGUCACAUACGCAUGCACACAGGCUUCAAGCCCUAUCAGUGCAGCGUCUGCACCAAGACUUUCACCCAGAAAGUGUCUCUCCAUGAUCACAUGAACCUGCACAGCGGGACACGGCCGCACUGCUGCAAUUACUGCAAGAUGCACUUCGCCCAGAAACCGGCUCUACGGCGCCACCUGCGGGAGAUGCACAAGAAGAGCAGCGCUGACAACUUCAAUGAAGAGAUUGAGGAGGUCCUGCUUUAACCCUAGUGAUUCUUGAUCCUUCUUAUUAUCAAACCACCCCUGCUUGCUUGUGCUGCUGCGGGACAUAUAUUGCCCGUUUCUCUCUGAUACAUUUCUGGUAUCCCUGAAUAGAUAAUUGUCCUGUCUUUACACUUCAUACAUUAAACUUUUAAACAUCUUGUGUAAACAGUUGUUUGUACAUGUUGUCAAUGGAAAGUCGGCUUCCAUUUUCUAUGAAUGACAGUAGCGUUAUUUAUUGUCCAGUUACCUCACUCGGAUCCCUUGUUUACUAAAUAUUUUGCUAUUACAUUGAAUGUAGGAAUUUGUAGUCUUACCAUUUCAGAAACCAAUUUUCUGAGGUUAUAAUGAACAAAAAUCCCACCCAGUCAUUCUACAUUGGUCAGAGGUCGCCCUAGCUUUUCUGUUCAUGCGUUCCUGAAACGCACAUGCCCAUCCAUCAAAUACUAAACGAACAGUUGUUAACACAAAGGCUACUAAACUCUAGGGAUGUGCAUUUUGGUACAUUUUUAUGAACGUUUAAACUCUGUGCUAUAUCAUAGUUUAAACAAUCUCUGUCUGUGUAUAGAUCUACAUCUGAACACAGACACACUUUGUUACAUACUAACAGUAGGCCGUUCGCAUGACAACGAGAUGGGAUUCUAAGCACUGUUUGU